AUGCGAUGGUAGCGCCGGUGAUAGUCAUGUUUACAAGUUAGCCGUGAGUUUUUAACGUCACGUCAAAAAAGUGCAACGCGAGUUAUACGAGCAUUUACUAUGUAAAGUGCUAAUCGUUAGGAAGGUCGCCAUUUUGUAUGAGGAGGCCCGGUUGAACAAACGGCCGACCGACGAAAAAUAAUAAUUAAUGACACACCGCCUUAUUAAGACCGUUGACAACUCAUUACACCAGUAGGAUCAUCACCCGGUGUACUUACUCACAAUCCCGGUCUUUUUAAAAUAAUUAUCAAUAAACAUUUAUUGUCCGAGUGUAUGUCUCGAAAUACGUCGGUAGACUACGCCACUUUUUUUUGUCAUUCUGCUUGUGCUGCAAUGUUUACUUCUCCGUUGCAUGGGUGGUUAUCAUCAUUGACAGUAAAAACUCAUCAGUAAAUGAUAAUGUAGACAUAGGUUAUUGAAACGAGGCCUCUGGGGUAUAUCUAAUAAAGCAAAGGAUACUAAAUAAAUAAUUAAAAAAAAAAAAAAAAAAAAAAAAAACAAAGAUACUUAAUUAAAUGCAAGUGUAUGAGCUGAAUGGUUGCUGUUGAUGGUGUAGCAUUGUUGAGACGACUUACAGAAAUACGAGUUGGAGUAAUAGACCGGAAUAAAAAAUGACAAUCGCUACAAGAGGUCAGGGGGUUGGCAUAGAUCCACCGGAGAGCCAACAGACGACACAGGUGGCACAAGUAGCACAGGUUGAACAAGAUGAUGCGCUAAAUCGAAGAAUAAGGAGCACUGAAACCGAAUUGGAAGAUAUUACACGAAGAUUUGCUAGAGAGAUGACACUGUUUAAAUCACAACAAGCGUUAGAGAACUCUAAUUCAGAGGUUCAUUUGACUGAAAAUGUACAAACAGAGUCAACUAAUGAGACUGCUACGUCAACUGAUGAAAAUAAUCAGCUUAAAGUUAAGCGGGACUUUCCACAUACUAAAUUAGCUAUGUUAGAUGAAAAAAUAACAAGUUCACGCUGGGUUGUGCCUGUUCUGCCGGAUCAAGAGUUGGAGUGUCUGUUGGAAGCCAGUAUAGAUUUGUGUAAAAGAGGGCUUGAUGUACACAGUGAAGCGUGCCAGCGUUUUUUUCGUGAGGGCUGCACUAUUUCCUUCACUAAAAUUCUCACCGAUGACGCUGUCAACAGUUGGAAGCCUCACAUACAUAAUUGUAUUAACGCUAACUGUGAGAGAUUGAUUGAACUGUGUGUCCUCAAGCUAGACCAAGAUUGGUUUCCCCUCCUCGAUCUCCUGGCCAUGGUCUUCAACCCGAACAAUAAAUUUCAUACCUUCAACGCAGCUAGAAUUUCCGAAUCCGUUCCACCUGGCUCCAGUAAUAUUCCGGAUGAAGAGCUUUAUGCUCGGCCGUCGCCAGACCUGAGGAAUCCUCGCGGGUGGCUGGUUGAUUUAAUCAACAGAUUUGGUAAUCUUGGUGGGUUUGAUAUUUUAUUAUCGAGAUUUCAAAGUGGAGUAAAUCUCACAAUACCUGUAAUAUACGCGUUAAUACGACCCUUUGGUCUCUGUUAUGAACUACUGACUGUUCAUACGAUAGUUAAAUAUCUAAUGCCCAUAACUGAUAUAGUGCCUGUAAUAUUGGACGAAUUAACGGACGAGGAGUUGAAAAAAGAGGCGAAAAAUGAAUCGAAAAAUGACGCUAUUUCGGCCAUAAUAAAAGCCAUGAAAAAUUUAGUAUCACGUGUACCACAUCAAGAAGUAAUGAUAAGAAAUUUAGAAGUAUUGAGACUGAAAAUGAUUCUAAGACUUUUACAAAUUUCAUCAUUUAACGGUAAAAUGAAUGCACUUAAUGAAGUAAACAAAGUUAUAACAAGUGUUAGUUAUUAUCCUCACCGUAACCCAACGCUCGAGGACGAGGAGUGGUUGACCGCAGAGCGUAUGGCCAAGUGGAUAAAGGACAAUGACGUAUUGGAAAUAGUAUUACGGGACUCAUUGCACCAGCCGCAGUAUGUCGAGAAGCUCGAGAAGAUCCUACGGUUCAUCAUAAAGGAGCGCGCGUUGACGCUCGAGGACCUAGACGCAGUCUGGGCUGCCCAGGCAGGCAAACACGAGGCGAUAGUCAAAAACAUCCACGACUUGCUUGCCAAGUUGGCGUGGGACUUUAGUCCCGAACAGCUGGACCAUCUUUUUGAGUGCUUUCAGACCAGUUGGAAGACGGCGAACAAAAAGCAGCGAGAAAAGUUGCUGGAGUUGAUUCGUCGGCUGGCUGAAGAUGACAAAGACGGUGUGAUGGCCCACAAAGUAUUGACUUUAUUCUGGAAUCUAGCUCACUCGGACGAAGUCCCCACAGAGAUAAUGGACCAGGCGUUGAAUGCCCACGUUAAAAUUCUAGACUAUUCGUGUUCUCAAGACCGAGACGCCCAGAAGACAGUCUGGUUGGACAAGUGUGUGGAGGAAUUAAAAAGUGGCGAUAAGUGGGCACUGCCUGCGUUGAAGCAAAUAAAAGAAAUUUGCACAUUGUACGAACCAAACCCCAACAUGGGAAACAACCAACGCAGUCAUCAUGUUUAUUAUCGGCAAGAAGUUAUCGAUCGAUUACAAAAUCAACACAGUGUCGUUAUACUUGUGACAAAUAGUUUAACAAAUUAUAUGGACAAAGUGCGACAACUCGUAAAAGAAAACCCAGAUAUUGACGCAAUGACCUUCAUGCCAGAUGGACGUUACAAUCAUAUUCUCCAAGUCCAGGAGAGACUUAAUUUUUUACGUUUCUUACUUAAAGACGGACAAUUGUGGUUGUGCGCCGAGCAGGCCAAGCAAAUUUGGCAGUGCUUAGCUGAGCAAGCGGUCUUUGUGUCUGAUCGUGAAGCCUGCUUCAGGUGGUUCUCCAAAUUGAUGGGCGAAGAACCGGAUCUCGAUCCUGCGAUCAAUAAAGAUUUUUUCGAGAACAAUAUUCUUCAAUUAGACCCUACGUUACUUACCGAAAGUGGCAUAAAGUGUUACGAGCGUUUCUUCAAAGCUGUUAAUUCCAAGGAAGGAAGGUUGAAAACAAAACGCCGUACCUACCUGAUGGACGAUGUAGAUUUAAUCGGAAGUGACUAUCUUUGGCGUGUAAUCACAAACUGUCCCGAAGAAAUAGCUUGUCGGGGUAUUGAACUUCUCAAGGAAGUAAACACAAAUCUAGGACCAAAGUUACAAUCAACAGUGCUGAGUUUCCAUGAAACUUUUAUAGCCGAAUGUAUGGAUAGAUUAAAAGCUCACUACGAUACGGUCUCAAUACUCACGGGAGUAAGCUCUGAGGACAAAAGCGAGGCUAAAGAUGAAAAAGAAUACAACAAAAUAACAAUGGAGGCACUGAAAAUGUGCCGGGUUAUGAGAGUACUGCAGGAGUAUAUUAACGAAUGUGAUACCGCAUUCCCAGUAGAACGUAAAAUAUUGCCUCUGCAUCGCGCAGCUCGUGGCAAACACAUGUCUCUGAUCCUACGUUUGGUAAGUCCGGGAAGAAAUAUCGACGACAUUGACGUUUACACACACAGCAACGACACCCUGGCGUCUCUGAGGCGGCAAAUACUGCGUAGGACAAAGGCCAACGGUACGAAUGUUAAAUUAGAUUUGUACAUUAAUGGUGAGUCUUUGGAUCAAGCGGACGACCGCAAGCUGCUUUCCCAAAUCCCUUUGAGGGACAAAAUGCUGCUGUCUGCCAAGUUAAGCCAGAUGCACAGCAACAUCCCCAGCUCGCCGGACAGCAGCUCAGACAGCUCAACGAGCUCGCCACACCAUCCUUACGACGGUCCUAAUGUCGAGGCCGAAAACAGCUUACCAGGGGUCGUGAUGUCCCAGCGACCACACUACGUCACCUUUUUCUUUCAGCUAGCAGACCUGGGGUGCACUCUGAAGCACUCACAGCUUCGAGACGCGGCGCGUAACCUCCUGCAGCUGGUCCCACCAGACACUCUCACGGUAGCUCGAUUACAGUGGCUCUUUGGCCAUUAUAAAGAAGAAGAGGGCGCCGUUAACCAGCACUGCAACGAACAAAACACCAGUGUGGACACUCUGUUCUUCGCAGCGAGUCCCAGUCAAGUUUUGUACAAUCUCGAGGUAUUGUACACGCUGCUGAUGCCAGCGCUGGAUCCCACAUCUGAGAAGGCCUUUGAAUUUCAGUACAAUUUUAUAAAAAGUGGAGAAGCUGGCGUUAUCUUGGAUAUGCUGACUAAAAAUAAAUUUCUACCGAACGCCGAUGAGACAACUAAGCGCUCCGCGUAUUUGACUGUUUUAAAACUCUGUAAAUUGUUGUUGACUGUCGUUGGAAAUGUUGUGGCUUGUGUGCUGGAUGACAUGCAGCAGUCAGACAAUCAUGACACUCAUUAUCACAAUAAUCGGGGAUUUAUUGUAAUUUUAAAGCAAGCGCUGCAAAAUGUACCCAAUCAAAACACCGAAUACAUGUUACGUAGCGUCGCGACAAAGUUGACUCAACAUCUAGUGAACCAGAUGCCUCCAGGCGGUACCGAGUCUGACCGUUGCUGUCAAAUGUUUAUGCAAGCUAUCAAUUUCGAAUUGCCGGACAUGCCGACAAUACGUGCCAUAAUAAAGAUCGCCUGGGCCGCUUCGACCGGUAACCUCAACAACGUCGACGCUUCUACCGAUGUACUUCACACGAUGCAUGAAGCUAAUCAGCGAGACCCACGGCCAAUAGAAGCCAAUGACAUUUUAGUGUGUAAAGAAGCCCUUGAAGUGCUGACAAUAGCCCUAGUUCUAAAUCCAAAUGCGUUGACCAACUUAACUCGGGAUAAAAUGUGGCACACAUUUCUCACGGACCUCGUGCUGGUCAGCGUGUCCAGGAUAGUGAGGAUGGCCGCUGCUGAGCAGUUUCUCCUCAUCUCGACCUACUGCAGCAAUCACCAGUCAUUUCAACUGAACCUGAUGGUCCUUUUCAGUGUUCUAAAUACAACUGUUACCGAAAAUGCGCGUCAAAGCCAAGAAUACUUUCAACUUUUGUGCAGAUUACUUAACUACGCUCACAUAUCUUCGUGUCCGCUACCCUCCGCUGAAGCUCUGCUGAACAUCGAGAUAGCCUGGCUGAAAAAAGUCCGCAACAAUGUAAUCGAAACCGGCGAGACCCAGGUUGAGGAUGCGCUGCUGGAGGGUCACCUAAGUUUCACCAAAGAACUUCUAGCUUUUCUUCCGCCGUCGAAGAAAUUUGAGCUCGGCUCGGACGAGAAGCGCGGUGGUACUUUGAUAAAAGAACUGGUCAAUGACUUUAUUUUUCCAGCUUCGAGGUUGAUGCUGCAGCUUCGCAGUACUGGAGAACUGAGCUCGCCGCAGGCCAGCCCGGUCUGUACAACCCCUCAGUCAACCAGCGCGGCUUUUGACCUUCUGGUCGGCCUGUGUGUCGGCUGCGUACCGAAUAUGAAACUUCUAGUCACGAUGCUCACAGACAUGUUUUACUCCGAGCGAGAUGAGCCACUUGUCGAGUGGGACUACUUACCGCCAGUGGGCCCUAGACCUCUCAAAGGAUUCGUCGGGCUGAAAAAUGCCGGGGCUACUUGUUACAUGAAUUCUGUUUUACAGCAACUGUACAUGGUCGAGAGCAUACGGGUAGGACUGCUGACCGCGGAAGGAGCUGCUACGGAUUUGAAUGAAGACUUUUCCGGGGAAGAACGCGUCGACGGUGAACAGACUAUCGAGGCUAGUGAUAAUGACACAAAUGAAGAAAAGUGCGGUGUUGAUGAGUCUAGAAAAGAAUACAAUAUUGGAAUUCUUAAGCAAGUACAAGCGAUAUUUGGACACCUGGCUUACAGUAAAUUACAGUACUACAUACCUCGUGGUCUCUGGAAACACUUUAAGCUACAAGGUGAGCCGGUUAAUCUGAGAGAACAACAGGACGCGGUUGAAUUUUUCAUGAGCUUAGUCGAGAGCUUAGAUGAGGCUCUUAAAGCGCUGGGUCACGAACAAAUAAUGGGAAAAAUUCUCGGUGGGUCCUACAGCGAUCAAAAAAUUUGUAAAGGUUGUCCUCACAGGUAUUCCAAGGAAGAGCCCUUUAGUGUUAUUAGUGUAGAUAUUCGGAAUCACAGCAAUCUCCUUGAUUCUCUCGAGCAGUAUGUCAAGGGCGAACUUUUGGAAGGAGCAGAUGCUUACCACUGCGACAAGUGUAACAAAAAGGUUGUUACUGUAAAACGUCUGUGUGUCAAAAAACUUCCGCCGGUACUGGCAAUUCAAUUGAAACGUUUUGAAUAUGAUUUUGAACGAGUCUGUGCAAUUAAGUUUAACGAUUACUUUGAAUUCCCAAGGGAUUUAGACAUGGAGCCUUACACUGUCAGUGGACUCGCUAAACUCGAAGGGGAAGUUAUUGACUGUGAUUAUGAGGAAAUUAAUAAAGGUACUUGUACCAAGUAUCAGCUUACUGGUAUUGUCGUACACAGCGGACAAGCUAGUGGUGGUCAUUAUUAUUCUUAUAUUCUACACAGGCAAAAUGAUGGUACUGCCAAGUGGUACAAAUUCGAUGAUGGCGAUGUAAUUGAGUGUAAAAUGGAAGAGGAAGAAGAAAUGAAGACUCAGUGCUUUGGUGGUGAUUAUAUGGGAGAAGUAUUCGAUCAAAUGUUAAAACGCAUGAACUUCCGCCGUCAAAAGAGAUGGUGGAAUGCGUAUAUGCUUUUCUAUACAAGAUUAGACGUUGAAGAAAAUUCUCUUAUGAAAAGUUUCAAUGAAUUGUCUUUAUAUACCAAAUUGGGAGUAAUGAAAAUGCCGCCAGCAAUUGAAUACAGCGUCCGUAAACAGAAUAUUAAAUUUAUGCAUAACCGAAAUCAAUUCAGCGCUGAGUAUUUCCAAUUUAUCAGGAAAUUAGUCUCGUGCAACGCACCACACGUAUUGAAUCGACAGAACCUCAACGAUAAAAUGCCAGCGGAGGCCGAAGAAUUAUCGAUGUUAUCAGUGCAACUGGCAUCAAGAUUCUUGUUCUACACCGGGCUCCACACGAAGAAAACGCUGCGAGGUACCGCGACCGAUUGGUACGACAUUCUCAGCCACCAUUUACGCUGCAGCAAAGCAGUGCGUUCGUGGUUCGCUCACAACGUGUUGUUCAGCCACCCUCACAGAUUCUGCGAGUACUUGCUAAGCUGUCAAACGACCGAAGUAAGAACCACGUUCAUGAAGAUCCUGGUGUUCCUUGCGCACUACUCUCUGCACGACGGACCUUGUGCUCCUCCGAGUUUCAACGCGCCUUCAAUUCUUCUGGACCCAACAGCAACCCUCAGUGACCACCUGCUUCACGCAGUAUUGUCUCUCUUGCAUCGUGAAAUAUCUGACCACGGAAGACAUCUACCGCACUACUUCUCGCUGUUUCACUCGUACGCAAACCUCGGUCUGGAUGAGAAAGCUCAGCUGCUGAAGCUAAAUGUCCCGGUGACAUUUAUGCAAGUCGCGAUCGACGAAGGUCCUGGACCGACAAUAAAAUAUCAGUAUCCAGAGUUGACGAAGCUUCAUCAAGUAGUUAGCAUGUUAAUCCGCUGCUGCGACGUGUCUUCUAAAUGCCAGUCGAGUAUGGCGCAAGCUGGCGUUCAAGUUCUACCAAACCCGUAUGGAGAUCCAUCGUGCCAACCCGACUACUUGAUGCCCAUCCAGUCUCAAGCUGUCGAUAUUCUCUUCAUUCGUACGACUUAUAUGAAAAAAUUAAUCGAAGACGCUAAUGUCACCGAAGACACUCUUAAAUUGCUACAGUAUUGCUGUUGGGAAAACCCACAUCUCUCACGGACAGUCCUCAGCGAGCUGCUCUGGCAAAUAGGGUUCGCGUACACUCACGAGCUGAGACAUCACAUGGAUAUUUUGCUGUCCAUGCUGCUUAUGGAAGACUCGUGGCAAACUCACCGAAUUCACAACGCUCUCAAAGGAGUCCCAGACGAAAGGGAAGGACUUUUCGAAACGAUAAUCAAGAGCAAAAAUCAUUACCAAAAACGCGCGUAUCAGUGCAUUAAGUGUAUGGUUCAAUUGUUCAGUAAGUGCCGAACUGCUCAUCAUUUGCUAUACCAAAAUCUUGAGUUGAAGAGAAAGUGGAACCAUGCUAUCGACUGGUUGCAAGAAGAACUUGAAAAACGGCCGUACACCUCCGCGCCUCCUUAUACUCAUGCUUAUAAUAAUUGGUCCCCUCCAACCCAAUCCAACGAGUCGACUAAUGGGUACUUUUUGGAACGCAGUAACAGUGCUAAGAAAACUUUAGAGCGUGCCUUUGAACUUUGCCCUGAAGAAGAGCCCGAAGUUGAGGAGGUUAAUGAGGAAUAUUAUAAACGAGGAAGUAAUUCACAGUGGGUUCCUGGAUCUGAAAGGUAUGCUGGUCAACCGGAUGUAACAGUAACGCAGCAAAUGCAAGAAGAAAGUGAACAGCAGCAAGAAAAGCAGCAACCUACGCCGUCACCUGUUCAUAUACCUCACGUGAGUCAAGUACAGACUUCUCAAAACCCAGAGUCACCUCAAAACAGUAGUCAGGAUCCAUAAUGAACGUCGGUGUCACUCAAUCGGUGCUUACGCGAUCACGAUAACGUUCUGUUGAGUAAUAAAUUUUUCGUAAGAGCCGGUUGAUCAUUUCAAAUAUUUAAUCUGACUCGACACUACUAUUGUACAGUUGGAGUAAACAUUUUUUUAAUUUGUUACUGGACGCGCAUAUUUUUAACGUUAUAUCAGGUCAACUGGAUCGUCGCCGGUCACUGUAGUUUCUAACAAAAAAAAAAAAAAAAAACAAUGAAAAACAAAAAAAAAUGAAUUAUUUAAUGGUAAUGAUAAUAAUAAUAAUAAUAUUAAUAAUAAUAAUAAUAAUAAUGAUAAUAAUAAUAAUAAUAAUAAUAAUAAUAAUAUUAACGAGCAGAAGAGUGACAGAGAAAUUAAGUGUGUAGUUGUGGCCGGUCACACGAUUAAGUUGUACAAAUGUAUAGCGAGAAAUAGUGAUUUAUGGUGGGAUCCAGUCUCUUAUCAAUUAUUAAAUCGUAAGCGAUGGCAAUUUUACCGUAAUUAUUAUUCUAUGUAAAUUUGAACAUAAUGUUUAUUAUUAAUACUAAUAGAAAAAAAAAAAAAAAAAAAUAAAAAAAAAGUAAUUAAACGAGUGAAUUAGAGUUCUUGCAUCAUGAGACAAAACCAGGACAUACAGUAUGGAAAUACAUCAAGUACUCUUUGUACGGUAGAAUUUAACAUGAUAAAUAAUUAAUAAAAAAAUAAAACAAUCUUGUCGGAUCAUUUUAAUUUUUUAUCUUGCUGUUCUAUAAAACUGAGUCAUUAAAUAUUAAAAUCUAAUGAAGUAAUGACGAUUAAAAUAAUUAAAUAAUACAAUUUUGUACUUAAUCGAACAUAAUUUAUCAGUGACGAAUAAAAAACGGAAACGUUUAUAAUUAUAGUAACCAAUUCUGGCAGUUGUUUAAAUAUUAAAUUUAGCUUCCCAUAAAUUAUUAUUGUUAUUAUUAUUAUUUUCUUUUUUAUAACGGAAGUGGAUGUAUAACUGAAGUCGUGCCUUUCCUUUUGCACCCGUAUAUAAAUUAAAAAAGCUUCCGCAACUCUAAAGUAGAUGUCACUUCAGUAGCGCUUCUCGCAAGUGCUCCGCUGAUUUGAUGGUAGACUACAUUUAGAACAGAAUUCUUACACCGUAUGAAAUGUAUAAUAAAUUACUCAUACAUUUUGGGGGCUUUGAAAAUAUAUCUAGCCUUUGCAAUGCCGAGUGAAGGUCCCGUAUCAUCGAAACUUAUUUUUAUAAUUAUAAUAGAAAAGCCAUUCGUAAAAAUGUUUUUGCUCCGUAUUUACGUUUAAAUUAGAGUCACUAUAAUUCAAUAAAUAAUAAAUUUUCGUUCGAUUUAAAAGAUCUAAAGUGUAACGUACGUUAGUAAUUAUUAAGAUGGUUUAUUUAUUAAUUUAAUCAUUUAAUAAAAUUAUAUAUUAUUAUUUAAAUUUACAUUAUGAACAUUAGUUCGAGCCAUCGUUUUAGAGUUGUAAUCUUACUAUUGCACUUUUUGUAUUUAUAUUAUUAUUAUUAUUAUUAUUAUUAUUAUUAUUAUUAUUAUUAUUAUUCUUAUUAGUUUUAUUAUUAUUAUCACUACUAUUGAUAUCAUUAUUGUUUGUUGUAAGUUUAGCAAUCGAUUGCAACUCUAAAUAAUAAUAACGUAUGUUAGAUAAAAUAUUUAAAGAAAAUAAAGUCAUAGAUAAGAAUGAUGAAAAAAAAUCGUGUGUGUAUAAGAAGUUUAAAUAACAAAUAAAUAAAAAAAAUAAUGAGACUAAAUCAACGACUAUCUCCCGACCAGGCCAGGAAAUAUCAUCAAUUGUAAUUACAUUUAAUAACUAAUUUGUAUUGUAACAGUGCGCCAAAAUUAUAAAAAUGAAAAUAAUUGUAAUAACAAUUUUAAUAAUCUUUUACAAAGUGAGCGAGCGAGAGUGAAAACGAGAGUAAGAGUAACAAACUAAUAAGUAUGUAGAUCAGUUCAAGUUAAAAUGGGUACCUAAUAUUAUUCAGACAUAUAUAUGUACAUAUAUACUGCUUUUUAUAUGUGAUAAAAAUUUAUUAUAUUUCUAUUAUACAUUGAGAGUGCAGCGCUGUUGUAAAUCCUGGUUUUUUGUACACAUUUAAACUCGUAUGAUAAGUUUUAUUAUUACUAUUAUUUUUUUUUUGUUAUUGACAUUCUAGUUGAUAAAUAUUAUUAUUAUUAUUAUUAUUAAUAUUAAUAUUAUAGUUAUUAUUAUUUAAUAUUUAAUUGUAUUCUCACACGAGUGUAAAACGUUAAUCUUUAAUUAUUUUUCAAACAGUAUCGAAUAACUGGAUUUGAAUGAAAAUUUAUAAAUAAAAAAAAUAAUAAUAAUAAAUAAACGUAAUUAAUGGCCAUUAUUAUGCGGCAUAAUGAUAGUUUAUUGUCUCAUACACACGAUAAUGUUGAAUUUAUUAUUAUAUAAUAAUAAAAAUAAUAACAGAACACGAGUGAGUUGUUGGCUCACUAUUUACUCAUUUAAAAGUAACAGAAUUAAAAAAAAAAAAAAAAAUGAAAAUAAAAAAAAUAAACGGAACAAUGCGUAACCCUCGCUGCUCAAUUCCAUUCUAAGGACUUUAAAUAAAUCUGCAUGGUUAAUUAUUUAUUUAUGUAUUAGAUCAUUUCUCAUAAUGCAGUAAUGUAAAUUAACACAUUAAUUAAUUAAAAGAAAGUAAAUUAAUAGUAUUUCGUCUAAAAUUUAGAUUAAAAUCAAUGAAAAUGAAAUUUAAAGCCAAUUUUAUUAACUGGGAUUCUAGUCAGUGAUGAAGAGCGUAAGAAUUGUAAUAAAUCUCCAGUCGUCCGUUUAAU